CCUGUUGAGAUUAUGGUGCUGAGCUUGAAGCGGCGAUACACAUGUAAAAUGUAGGGUAAUGACCAAACUUUUUAUCUUGCUAGCAACAAUUCUUUUAGGUAAAUCGUUUUAACUCUUCUUGGAGACUGGCGAUCGUUGUCUUUUGUUCUAAACAUUUUAUCGUUAAAGAAUCAAGAUGUCAUUCCAUCUUGGGCGCGGCUGUCCCAGGGGACGAGUCUCCUCCGGUCAGCGGGGGGGAUCGCAGAGCUACCGGCCGCAGAACCUGCGCCAGAUUCCCCCGCAGCAGUCCAUGCCUUCCUUCCAUUACGAGCCGCCGCCGCCGCCUUCGUGCCCCGGAUAUCCCAGUCAGGGCAGCCCAGGCUACAUACCUCCGCGUCCCGAUUUCAUGCCGUACCCCCCGCCGGUGCCCUCCCAGGGUCAGAGUGCGCUGAACCAGUGCCCGGUUCGCCCCCCCUUCCCCAACCCCCCGAUUCGGCAGGGGUUUCCCGGACCCCCGAACUUCCCCCCUCCACCCCUGCCGAACUCGUCCGCCAGCCUGUUGCCCGGACCGGCGGCCUCCGCUCAAGGCUCCUACCACUACAUGAUGCCCUCGGUGCCGCCGCUGCCGCCGCCCCCGCCCCUGCCGCCCCCACACCCCCCUGCGCCCCCCUCCAUGUCGCAGCCCCUGGGCUACCAGCCUCCCUACUCCAUGAGCUACCCCCAGCCCCCGUUCCCGCCGCCCGGCUUCGGCGGCGGCGCGGGCUACGGCCCGGGCUCCGGCUCGUUCAAGGCCGACCAUUUCCGGCACGGCGGCCAGUACAAGCCGGAGAAGCCCCAGAGCGACCGGAGGUCGCCGGAGAGGAGCAGGCGGCACGAGGAGCGCCGGCACAGGGGCUACAGCUACGGCGGCCACGGCGACAGGUACAGGCCGGAAUACGGCGGGGACCGGAGGGACCGGGGGCGGAGCCCGGACAGGCGGAGGCAGGAAGGGAGCCGCCACAGGUCCGAGCACGAGCGAGGCAGGACGCCGCCUCGGCACAGGAGUCGGGAACGUAGCAGGGAUAGGCAUCGGCACAGAGAAAGCAGGAGAUCACCUUCUACUGAAAGGCCACACAGGAAAGACUACAAGAGGCCCAGGAGCUCACGGAGUCGCUCUAGCAGUCGGGACAGGAAGAGAAUGCGCUGGGAAGACGACAGAGAGAGGAGGAUGGAUAGUCAGGCAGGUAACAGAGAGAGGAGCUACUCCUUUAUGAAGAGCAAAGAGCCGGAAGAGACUCCUGCCGAGAGAAUGGAAGAUGAAAAAGAGGAGGAGGAGCUUCUCAAGCCUGCCUGGAUUCGUUGCACUCAUGCUGAGAACUACUACUCCAAUGAUCCAAUGGACCAGGUGGGUGACUCCACUGUCGUUGGAACAAGCAAACUACGUGAUCUCUAUGACCGGUUUGAGGAAGAACUGGUUAAGAGACAAGAGCGUGCAAAGGCAGCAAGACCUGAAUGGGAACCACCAAAAACAAAACUGGAUGAAGAUCUAGAUGAGAGCUCGAGUGAAUCAGACUGUGAAUCAGACGGGGACAGUAGCUGUACUAGUAGCUCUGACUCUGAGGUCUUUGACGUCAUUGCGGAAAUUAAAAGAAAGAAAGCUCAUCCUGACCGCCUGCAUGAGGAGCUUUGGUACAAUGAUGCUGGGCAGAUGAAUGAUGGGCCACUGUGCAAGUGCAGUGCCAAAGCCAGACGCACAGGAAUCCGACAUAGUAUCUACCCUGGGGAAGAGCACGUUAAAGCAUGUCGCCCGAUGACCAACAACUCAGGAAAACUGUUUCACUACAGAAUUACAGUGUCCCCACCUACCAACUUCUUAACCGACAGACCAACUGUGAUUGAAUAUGACGAUCAUGAAUACCUCUUUGAAGGAUUUUCUUUGUUUUCACACACUUCUCUUACCAAUAUUCCGUUAUGCAGAGUGAUCCGUUUUAACAUAGACUACACCAUCCAUUUUAUUGAAGAGAUGGCACCUGAGAAUUACUGUGUGAAAGGUCUGGAGCUGUUUUCUUCAUAUUUGUUUAAAGACAUACUUGAGCUAUAUGACUGGAACCUCAAAGGUCCUGAAAGUGAUACUGAUUCUCCCACCUGUCCAAAAUUUCAUUUCAUGCCCCGUUUUGUGAGAUUUCUUCCAGAUGGGGGUAAAGAGGUGCUGUCAAUGCACCAGGUGCUGUUGUAUCUGCUGAGAAGUAACAAGCCGCUGGUGCCCGAGGAAGAGAUUGCCAACAUGCUGCAGUGGGAGGAACUAGACUGGCAGAAAUACGCAGAAGAGUGCAAAGGAAUGAUUGUUACCAACCCUGGGAUGAAGCCCAGUUCAGUUCGGAUUGACCAGUUGGACCGGGAGCAGUUUAACCCAGACGUUAUCACCUUCCCAAUCAUUGUACACUUUGGGAUAAGACCUGCACAGCUGAGUUAUGCAGGAGAUCCACAGUAUCAGAAAUUGUGGAAGAGCUACGUGAAACUUCGGCAUCUGCUGGCCAACAGUCCCAAAGUCAAGCAAGUUGACAAGCAGAAGCUAACACAAAGAGAGGAAGCUCUUCAGAAGAUCAGACAAAAGAACACUAUGCGCCGUGAGGUGACUGUGGAGCUCAGUAGCCAAGGUUUCUGGAAAACAGGCAUCCGCUCUGAUGUCUGCCAGCAUGCUAUGAUGUUGCCAGUCCUUACACAUCACAUUCGUUACCACCAGUGCCUCAUGCACCUGGACAAGCUGAUAGGAUAUGUGUUCAAAGAACGGUGUCUUUUGCAGUUGGCAAUGACUCACCCUAGUCACCACUUGAAUUUUGGAAUGAACCCAGACCAUGCCAGGAACUCAUUAUCUAACUGUGGUAUCAGACAACCUAAAUACGGAGACAGAAAAGUACACCACAUGUACAUGAGAAAAAAAGGUAUCAACACCUUGAUAAACAUAAUGUCAAGGCUUGGCCAGGAUGAUCCCUCACCUUCAAGAGGAGAAGAUAGAAUGGGUGUUAAGAUCAAGAAAAACGGCAAUGGAGAAAUCAGAAGAUUUCUGAAAAUAAACCAUAACGAGCGCCUGGAGUUUCUUGGUGAUGCAGUUGUUGAGUUUUUAACAAGUGUUCAUCUGUAUUAUUUGUUCCCUAACCUUGAAGAAGGGGGUUUAGCUACAUAUCGAACGGCUAUUGUUCAGAAUCAGCACCUCGCCAUGCUAGCCAAGAAGCUGGAGCUCGAUCGGUUUAUGCUCUAUGCUCAUGGACCAGAUCUGUGUCGGGAAUCGGACUUGCGGCAUGCAAUGGCAAAUUGUUUUGAGGCAUUAAUUGGGGCGGUGUACUUGGAGGGUGGUUUGGAAGAGGCCAAAGAGUUAUUUGGAAGGUUGCUGUUUAACAGUGAGGUAAAACAUGACCUGCGGGAGGUAUGGCUUAAUUAUCCACCACAUCCACUACAAGUUCAAGAGCCAAACACUGAUAGGCAACUCAUUGAAACAUCUCCAGUGUUGCAAAAGCUGACAGAAUUUGAAGAAUCCAUCGGAGUGCUUUUCACACAUGUUCGCCUGUUGGCACGAGCUUUCACCUUGCGUACUGUGGGAUUUAAUCAUCUGACUCUAGGCCACAAUCAGAGGAUGGAGUUCCUGGGAGAUUCAAUCAUGCAAUUGGUAGCCACUGAGUACUUGUUCAUCCAUUUCCCAGACCACCACGAAGGGCACUUAACGUUGCUGCGAAGCUCACUGGUGAAUAACAGGACCCAAGCCAAAGUAGCAGAAGAGCUGGGCAUGCAGGAGUAUGCGAUAACCAACGACAAAACAAAAAGACCUGUAGCUCUCAGAACAAAGACCCUAGCGGAUCUUCUGGAAUCUUUCAUUGCUGCACUUUAUAUAGACAAGGACCUGGAGUACGUCCACACGUUCAUGAAUGUCUGUUUCUUUCCCAGAUUGAAGGAGUUUAUACUAAACCAGGACUGGAAUGACCCUAAAUCCCAGCUACAGCAAUGUUGUCUUACACUCCGGACAGAAGGGAAAGAGCCCGAUAUUCCUUUGUACAAGACUCUGCAGACUGUGGGACCUUCACAUGCUCGAACCUACACUGUUGCCGUGUACUUUAAAGGAGAACGAAUAGGAUGUGGGAAAGGACCAAGCAUUCAGCAAGCUGAAAUGGGAGCUGCAAUGGACGCACUUGAAAAAUAUAACUUUCCCCAGAUGGCUCAUCAGAAGCGCUUCAUUGAGCGGAAGUACAGGCAAGAGCUAAAAGAAAUGAGACGAGAGAGAGAAAGGCAGGAGAAGGAGUCCGAUGAGACAGAGGAGAGCAAGAAGGAAGCGGAGCGCCCUGGAAGUGUCCAUUAAGCUUGCUCCCAUUUCUGAGCUCAUUUCUGGCCAAUCUGAGGAAGAAGGAGAACACAAGUGAUCACGAGCCUGAGGAAGCUAUAAAUAUUGUUUUGUUUCUGUUUUGCGAUAUGUGUCAUUGUUUUAUUGUAUUAAGGUAAUGUGUUUUCUCUGAAGUGUCAUUGCUAUUAGUGUUUUAUUUUUUAAAAAAAUCCAAUUUCAUAAUAAAUAAUGGCAAACGUGGCUUUUAAAUA